AUGACAACACCAGCUGCAGAAGUUACAACGGGUUUGACAAACGGUAAUUGCAAUCCUGAGCUUUCUCUUUUUUUGAAAUUAACUUUGUUAAUUUUGAAAUUGAAAUGUGCAGAAGUCGUAGCUCUUACCAAGACAGAAUUAUCUGAAAUUCCUGUCAUUAAUCCUGUGUCGACUGAAGAGGGAUCUCCUCCUAUAAAAAGAAAACGGUAUACGACGGCAAGAGAUAGAAGGGAGCAUCUUAGCAGAACUUUUAAAUAUAGAAAGGGUAAUCGUGACGAAGAUAGGAAUUCAUAUAGAAGUAACGAAGAAAAUAGCAGCAAAACCAGUAGCGAUGUUAUUAGUAAUACGUCUGUAGAGAAAGAACCAAGAAAGCCAAAGAGAAAAGUAGCAGUAUUGGUUGGUUUUUGCGGCACUGGUUAUCAGGGGAUGCAAAUCAAUCGUAAUGCAAAAACUAUUGAAGAAGAUCUCUUUAAAGCCUUUGUAGCUGCUGGCGCUAUAUCAAAAGAUAAUUCUGAUGAUCCAAGGAAGAUUAAUGAAAACCUUGCUGAUCAGAUUCGAGUAUGGGGUUUUGUUCAGACCAUUCGUUCUUUUCAUGCAAAAACAUUGUGUGACUCUCGUAUAUAUGAAUAUCUCCUUCCAACUUAUGUUUUUAUUCCCCGAGAGAGGGAGCAAAUAGUCAAUUCAAUAAGACAAUUAUCAGCUAAACAAAAUGAUAAUCAGACACAGUUCGUCGAAGCACCUCUUGCUACGGCUGAAGAAAUGAUCGAAAAGCGGAAAUAUCGUAUUUCUUCUAAAAUACUAGAUUUGGUGAAGCAAGGAUUUAAAGCGUAUGAGGGUACGCAUAAUUAUCAUAAUUUUACACUGGGUCGCAGUCCAAUGGAGAAAAGCUGUAAUAGAUUUAUCAUGAGUUUUGAAGUUAGCGACCCCAAAAUAGUACGGCAUGCUUGCGAUUCCAAAACUAGUGAUCCAAAUGAGACUGAAGAGAGUGAAUGGCUGAGUCUUAAAGUUCAUGGACAGUCGUUUAUGCUACAUCAAAUUCGUAAAAUGGUUGCCUUAAUAGUCAUGAUGAUAAGAACGGAAACACCACUUGCUCUUAUUCAUAAAACUUUUGGGCAGACCAAGAUUAAUAUUCCUAAAGCUCCAGCUCUAGGGCUAUUGCUCGAUCAGCCUGUAUUCAGAUCAUACAAUAAGAAAGCCUUCGAUAAUGGCAAGGAGUUGGUUGAAUUUGAUAUUCACAAGGAUAAAAUCGAUGCAUUCAAAGAAAAAUUUAUUUAUUCCAAAAUUUACGCAGAGGAAUUUUCUGAAAACACCUUUCAGAAUUGGAUCAAUUCCAUCGACUAUCAUACAGAGCGAGACUACGGAUAUUUGAAUCAUGAAGGUGAGAUACCUGAAUGUGCUAUUAUAAAUCCAAACGAAAAAUUUAAUAAGGACGUAGAUGAUGAAAAUCAAGAAGAAAACGAUUCAGAUUGA